AUGGCAAGUGGAACAGGGUCCGUGGGAAGGACCAAGGACGGGGUGCCGAUCUGGGAUGGGGAUCCCGGAUCCUACAACGAGUUCGCGGAGGCGGUUCGACUCUACGAGCAGGGGACAGCAUACCACAAGCGGCCUCAGGUAGGACCGCGGGUGGCAGCCGAGUUGACAGGAGCGGCCCGACGCUUCAUCUCGGGACAGCCGGCGGACUGGCUGUCCUACCAAGGCGGCACCGAGGCUCUCCUGGAGCAUCUGCGGAAGGGGCUGGGGAAGCCCCGAGUGGCGGAGGUAACAGAGCAUCUGAGCAAGUUCUUCAAGUACUGCAAGCGCAAACCGAGCGAGAGCAUCAAUGAGUAUGUGGCUCGGCGCGCGGAGGUGUACUUGAGGGCUCAACAGGCACUAGCCCGACUUCCUCAAGCCGCGGCGAGCGCCAGGCCAACAUCGCGGAGUGGAGCGACGACACCUACGUGGCAUGGGACGUCGACUACCUGGAGCCGGAGGACCUCCGUGGACACCGUGGCCGAGGAGGACAACAAUGAGGAGGACCGCGACGAGCCCACGGGGGAUGCAGCGAGCAACCGAGACUCGUGGACGUGGUACUCUGAACCAUGGUGGUACUCAGGAUGGAGCUCAACCUGGGGUAGCCAAUGGAGCUCAGAAGCCGGAGGGAGCUGGGGAGGAUCCAGCUACAGGGCGGCCAACGUUGCGCUGCCGGAGAUCCUUCCGGACUUUGUCCAGGGGUGGCUACUACUACAAGAUGCUGGCUUGGAUGCCAAUGAACGGGGGCUGGUCCUCACCACGGCCGGGGAGGAUUUCCGAGUGGCGACGAUUUCAAAUGCCCUACGAGCUCACUUUCCAGAUGGUGACUUGAAACGACGCGAUGGUGGUCGGAAGCAACAUGGCUACUGGGGUACUACCGAGGAUGACGAAGUGGAAGACUGGGAACCAGAACCUCAGGAAGAAGCCGAAGUUGCGGAGAACCUCAAUGAUGAGGGCUUCGCAAUGUGGAGUGAGGCCCAGAACGAGAUUGCCGAGGCCCUGGCCGCCAUCGGCGGAGCUAAGAAGACCUUGAAGGAGGCACGGGCAAAGCAGCAUGCGGUGAAGAUGUCACGGCAGUACUUCCGCGUCGGAGGCAAGAGCACCGGGAAAGGAGCGGCGCCGCGCCGUCACACAGAUGACUCCCAGCUCAUCUGCCUGGGUUGUGGGAAAAAGGGACACAGAGUAGCCAAUUGCCCCAACCCCCAAGCGGCGAACCUCGCGGAGAAUGAGACGGCCUCGUUCAUCUGCUUCUCGGAGCACCUGGAGGCGCCAGAGACCGAGAUCUUGGAGACCUCGGAAAAGGAAUCGGAGGUUCCCACAGCCGACUGCGUGGAAACCGAGACAGCGUCAUAUCUACGAGAGAAGCAGCCUGGCCAGGUGGACGGUGAGGCUUACGCGACCGGCAUCACCACCCAAGAGGCCUUGGAGCAGCUGAUGGCAGUGAACGUGGCAGCCUAUGGGGAUCCUCGGGUCCUCGAUGUCGACAAGGACGACAGACCGGUGUUUGGGUUUGGAAAUUCCUCGACAGAUCGCUGCACCUCUACGGUCCGCAUGGGACUACAAGCCGGGCCUCGCCAAGGAGCCGUACAAGUCCACGCCCUCGACAAAGGAGAUGGACCGAUCUUGCUCAGCAUAGAAGCGAUGACUAUGCUGGGCGCGCUGGUGGACUUCAAGGCGAACCUGGCAGUCUUCCGCCACCUAGAUGCAACGAAGCUUGUGCCCCUCGAGAGAUCCGCAACCGGACAUAUGCUAGUGCCCUUGUCCGGAGAUUUGUUUUGCAAAGCCAGGGAUGCUGUACAGAAGAUUCCAAGCUUGGCAGAGUUUUUAUCCGGCCCUGCCGAUGAGUAG